CUGGGCAGUCCAGCCCCAGCCCACCCCACAGUUACUCUGGAUGUUACUGGCCCGACCGCACCUAAACCCCGGACCGACCAGUUGCUCAGGGCGGGCUCGAGAUCAAUCAUGGGGAGACGAGGGCUGCGUAGAUGUCUGCAACGGGCCGCCGAAGACUGGUUCCCAGGCCUCGUCCAGUUGUUUGCUCGUCUAGUUUUUCCGCUCCGUCUGUCCGCUCUGUCUGUCCGCUCCGUCUGUUCGUCCUGGACUGCCGAACUCGUCUCGGCGCGUCAAUAUGCAAGCAAUUCCUCUUCGCUACAGUUGACUUGCUGCAGCAGCCCAACAGGGGCCGCCCGUUGGAGAUCCAGCACAUUGCAUCACACAGUCAAAGACCAGACACACACACAAGCAGGUGUUGUUCAAACCCCGACGGCCACUUCGUCAAGCUCAGCAUCGCCAAGCUGCCAACUAAGCCUGCCUGAGCUUCCAUCAAGACGAGCGAGUUGAGAGGGCCGAGAAACUCUGUGGUGGCUGGAGAGUCGGAAAGGUACCUGUGCCUCUGAGUUUCUCCACAACCUCGGAGUCUUUGUAAUGUCAUCUCGCGGCAAUGGUAAACUCCGGAGAGGUU